GACGACACCAAGAUUCUCACAACGGCAUUGCACCAAAUUCUUUUUUCUCUGUGUCUCUGUUUUCUUACCUUACAGCCACAAUCGGCACAUUUGUUUUUACUUCCUUCUUCUUCUUCCCUUUCAAUCCACAUAUUUUGGCAUUCCCCAGAUUUCUCAAUCCACCCUUUUCCUCUCUUGUGCCUUUCUCUAUCUUUCUUCUUGAUAAUAUGACUUUGGUUUCCCAAGUGGGUGUGUUUGGUUGGUCUUUGACCAAACUUUUAUGCAGAUUCUGGGGCUGUUUGGCUGCUUAGACAGUUAUUUAACAUUCAAAACGAUUCACCCCAGAGAAAAACUAUAAGGUUCUGUAGAAACAAUCCCAACUGGGGAUUUUCCUAUAAACAGCAUGGAGAAUCUUGGAGCUGCUUCUUUGAGGAGUAGAAGGUUUGAGAGCUGCUUCAAUACAAGUUAUGAGCCAAAUAAGAGAGAAGCCUCUAAAUAUUCUGCUGAUGAACAAAUACCGAAGAGGGAGAAGACUGAUAUAUAUGUGGAUGAUAAUGGGUGGAGUUCAGUUUUGAUAUCCUGUUUCAGAAUUGUCUUCUGCUUUCUAACUAUGAUGGUUACUACUUUCAUUUGGGCUCUAAUUAUGCUUGUGCUCCUGCCAUGGCCAUACCAGAGGAUUAGACAGGGCAAUAUAUAUGGCCAUGUGACUGGUAGAUUACUGAUGUGGAUCCUUGGGAAUCCAAUAAAGAUUGAAGGUUUUGAGUUUUCAAAUGAGAGGGCCAUUUACAUUUGCAACCAUGCAUCACCUUUGGACAUUUUCCUCAUAAUGUGGCUGACACCCACAGGCUCUGUUGGGAUUGCAAAAAAGGAGAUCAUAUGGUACCCUCUAUUUGGACAACUUUACAUUCUCGCUAACCAUCUUCGUAUCGAUCGUUCGAAUCCAAGUGCAGCAGUUGAGUCCAUGAAACAGGUAGCUCGAGCAGUUGCGAAAAAUAACUUGUCCUUGAUCAUAUUCCCUGAGGGUACUCGGUCCAAGGAUGGAAGGCUGCUUCCCUUCAAAAAGGGCUUUGUCCAUUUGGCACUGCAAACGCAGCUGCCAAUAGUUCCUAUUGUCUUCACUGGCACUCAUCGAGCUUGGAGAAAGGGUAGCUUACAUAUCCGGGCAGCUCCUCUAACUGUGAAGUAUCUUCCUCCAAUACAUACCGAUAAUUGGACAGCGGAAAAGAUCGACGAAUAUGUGAAAAUAGUACACGACACUUAUGUCAAACACCUACCGGAAUCGCAGAGACCUCUUCAGUAAGAAGGAUCUAAUGUUAGUUCAUUUUCAAAAAGUUCUGCAUAUAUUAUGUUCAUCUUCAUGGAAGCUUUGAGAAGAUAAAAGAAAGUUCUAUAUUUUUCUGCCACAUGACAAUAAUUUGAAAUUUUAAGUUAACCAGAGGUGUUCAUGUAUUGCUGAUUCUCUCUAGCUAUGUUCAAUCACUUACGAAAUUUGUCA